CCAAUCGCCUCUAUUCGGCUAUUCCCCAUUCCCCACGCUCUCCUCCCCCCACCGUCUCGCCAAUUCGUCCCGGGCUCUCCGACUCAGCGUGGCGGCGGCCGCGCCAUCUCUCCGACGACCUCGCCGCCUCCCCGAGGACCUCACCGAGCCGGUCCUCCUCGUCGCUGCAGAUGGAGCGGAUGGGGAAGGUGCUGAAAGACUGGCAGGGGAUCCUGUUUCAGGACUUCUUCAGCCUUGGGACGAUCACCACAAAGAACUACGAGACUGACGAGAGGCAAAGGCCAGCUGAGGAACGUGCAACUUUGGAGGCAAACCGGUUCUCUGGAUACCAGAAAAUCAUACUUGCUGGACUGGGUACCAUGUUCUGGGGAACUGCAACCAAUGUCAUUGCCCAUCUUGAGAAGAAACUUGUUUCUGCAGAGAACCUUGCUGAUUGGGUCCAUUACAGUUUGGCUCAUUGGGUGCGCAACAGUUUCAUCUAUGGUGCAUUUGCUCUUGUCUUGAUGUCGCUGGGACUAUGUGCUUCUACAUUCCCAAGCUCUUCACCAUUAGCGGCUGGGAUGGCUGGACUGGGAGGCUGGCAGGCCUUUGUUUUCACAUUAGGCACGUUUCAUAUGGCUUCACUGAAGUACUACUCUAAUACUGAGGAAUGUUUCUACUCAUUCUUGGGGGCAUUUGCUGUUAUCACAGUUUACUGGGGUUUCGCCGCGCAAGAUCCUCUGCUCCUCCAUAUUGUUGUGAAGUCAAUCCUGUGGGUGAUCAGUCUGCCAUUCUUUGUUGUCUUCUUCGUUCUUUAUUACCUUCUCCACUUAAUAAUGUGGUUUCUAAGGGAGAUUCUUAAGUUCAGUACAGCUGUGAAGCAGUGUCCUUGUAGUUGUUGGAGCUCGUUGGUGAAUGCACUUUCUGCGCUGUUUCAUUUAGCCAGAGGAUAUCAACCUCCUGGACAAGGGCAGCAGGCCCAACCAUAAUCAACCUUUCACAUCUUUCUGAACAACGCAUCAACCAUAGGAUACAGCUGGUCAUAAGCUUCCGUUGAGAUCAUGUUGCAAGCUUACUGUGGGGGAUGCUGCAGUGCGUUGCAGAGUAGGUGAUGUAGGUAGGAGUCGUCCUAAUCGGCUCAACACAAAAAACAGAAUAAGCUGAUCGUGUUAGAACACCAGCUUUGUGUUCUUCUUUUUUCCUCACAUGGUGCGAGUCUCAGUUUGACAUGGUCAUGUUGAGUUGUCAGUAGUGAUAGCGCCCAUGCAUUACAUCAUUGUUUUGCCACGCUUGCAAGACUCGCAAAUGUUUUGACUUCCAUGUUCUCUGAUUAGCUCUAUCUCAUUUUCA